CACAAUCGGGUAACUUUAUUUAAUCUUCUUUCUUUUUUUUCUAUUCGACUUUUUGGAAAUGAAAAGCUCAUGAGUUACGGACCUUUAUUUUUGCUUGAGUUGAGGUUGAAGCCGGAAAAAAAGAAAAAACCGGUCGGCGUUGUUCUGCUAUUCGGUCACACCUCAUCCGUACCCCGACAAAUUCUCUACUGUAUAUUUGUAAUAUGUUGUGCUGAUCUGCUUGUUCUCUGUGAUUUGUCGCUACUCGUGCAUUUUCAAAUCUCAAAAGAAUGGAUAUUUGGGGAGACGAGUUGUAAGAUGUUCUACUGCGUUGAAGUGCUCAACAAAUUUCUUAUUCCCCUCGCUUUAGUGCACAUAAGCCGUGCAUCCUACAACAAAAAACUUUUGCAUAAUUAUGAAUUCUGUAAUUUCAAUCCGCCACCAUAUUACGCCUUCAAUUUGAUUGCAUUUCUUGUUGGCUACAUCAUGACUAGCGUCGGCUAUGUCUAUUUCUAUGCAAAUGUACCGAUACUUCUAAAACGACGCUAUUCCAAAAAUGUGACCACCGGACAACGGAUCAAUAGUCAAUCGAUACUUCGUAUUCGUCGCACUGUUACGGCUUUCGUUGUCGUAUAUUUAAUGUGUUGGACACCAUAUUGGAUUCUAUUCUGGUUCCUUUCUAUGGUACACAUCUUGUGGAUGGUAGUAGUAUCGGCGUUUACGCAUCUGCUUCCAUAUAUUGCAUGCACGGCGUAUCCCGUAAUACUGACAGCUAUGAAUAAGGAGAUUCGAAGUGCUCAUUCUUCAAUUAUUGACAGCAAAAAACGUCAACUAUCCACAAUACGACAAGGGGCACUUCAGGUGAGGGACUUUCACCUCCAGUGGGAGAUGUGCCGCAAUGACUGCAAUCUCGCGGUCACGUCGCGGUGUCAUAGACAAGACAAGUCUGAAUUGAAUAGGUUCACGUUUCCGUGA